UACAAUGAAAAUGCAUUAGGAUAGUACAUUGAUUGUGUGUUGAUUGCAAAUCUCAAAACAUUUUAAUCUGCAGAUCUGAUCGUCUUUAAGUAUAAUGUCCUUUAGGCAUGCGCAGAGUUCUUCUUCGUUUGUCUCCGUCAUCCGAGGUGGGUGGGUGAGUGAGAGAGUGGCCGAGCGCGAGCGGGAGGGAGAGUGGUUGUGAAUAUCAAGACAGCGUUGUGCAUUAAAAACGAAAAAACUGAAAGAAGAGGAGGGAAAGAAGAGAAAACCGAGACAUUGCAGCAAAAUUGAUACAACUUGCAGAUUACUGACCAUGAUAUAUUAUAGAAAAUACUGGACAUUAUAGAAUGUUUUGACGACAACGAAAGGCUUGUUGAACAUCCUCAAAUUGCCUGUAAUGAGGCCAUCCGCUAUUUCACAUAGCCUUCAUCUUCGCAGCUUUUGUUAAAGGCAAAUAUACAUAGCUAACGGUAUUUUUUUGUGAUAAUCAUAGCAAGGGAUAGGCAUCGCACCGAGGGAGGAGACCGAAAUUGUGUGCAUUCCCUUUCCCCUUUCCCCUUGGGGACAGUGAAGUCAUAGGAGGACCUACCAAGUAACUGGAGAAGAGACAGCUUUGUCACAUCGCUAUCUCGUUAGUAAACUAGCAGUUUCUUUUCCACACAUACUCUCCGUCAGAUCACGUAAUACCGUUUUGCCAGUUUAUUUUUUCAUGGUUUAGACUUUCUGAGCAAUUAUUUCCAUCAUCCUCUGGGCGAUUCCCUGCUGAAGGAUGCCGGAUCAAAUAUCGGUGUCCGAGUUUCUCUCGGAAACAACUGAGGAUUACAAUUCCCCCACGACUUCCAGCUUCACCACCCGCCUGCAGAGCUGUCGGAACACGGUCAACGUCCUGGAGGAGGCAUUGGACCAGGACAGGACAUCUCUGCAGAAGGUCAAGAAGUCUGUCAAGGCCAUCUACAACUCCGGUCAAGACCACGUCCAGAAUGAGGAGAACUAUGCCCAGGCCCUGGACAAGUUUGGCAGCAACUUCAUAAGCCGGGACAACCCGGACCUGGGCACGGCCUUCGUCAAGUUCUCCUCCCUCACCAAGGAGCUCUCCACCCUCCUCAAGAACCUGCUCCAGAGCCUCAGUCAUAAUGUGAUCUUCACCCUGGACUCACUGCUGAAAGGGGAUCUGAAAGGAGUCAAAGGGGAUAUCAAGAAGCCCUUCGACAAAGCAUGGAAGGACUAUGAAGCUAAGUUUACAAAGAUCGAGAAGGAGAAGCGCGAGCAUGCCAAGCAGCACGGGAUGAUCCGCACAGAGAUCACCGGGGCAGAGAUCGCUGAGGAGAUGGAGAAGGAGCGCCGCCUCUUUCAGCUUCAGAUGUGUGAGUACCUGAUCAAAGUCAACGAAAUCAAGACCAAGAAAGGAGUGGAUCUUCUACAGAACUUGAUCAAGUAUUACCACGCCCAGUGCAACUUCUUCCAGGAUGGUUUGAAAACAGCAGACAAGCUGAAGCAGUACAUAGAGAAGCUGGCUGCUGACCUCUACAAUAUAAAGCAGACCCAGGAUGAAGAGAAGAAGCAGCUGACAGCGCUCAGAGACCUCAUCAAGUCCUCCCUGCAGCUGGACCAGAAGGAGGACUCCCAGAGCAGUAAGGGGGGCUACAGCAUGCAUCAGCUGCAGGGUAACAAGGAGUUUGGCUGUGAGAAGAAGGGUCACCUGAUGAAGAAAAGCGAUGGGCUGAGGAAGGUGUGGCAGAGACGGCAGUGUUCGGUGAAGGGCGGCAUUCUUACCAUCGCUCACGCCACGUCUAACCGUCAGCCUGUGAAGCUCAACCUGCUGACCUGCCAGGUGAAGCCCAGCGCCGAGGACAGGAAGUGCUUCGACCUCAUUUCCCAUAACAGGACAUAUCAUUUCCAGGCAGAGGAUGAACAGGAGUUUGUCAUCUGGAUCUCGGUGCUGACCAACAGCAAGGAGGAGGCGUUGAACAUGGCCUUCCGAGGGGAGCAGAGCGCGGGGGCGGAGGAGGACGGCGUGCAAGAUCUCACCAAGGCCAUCAUCGAGGACGUGCUGCGCAUGCCUGGCAACGAACUGUGCUGCGACUGUGGAGCUUCAGAUCCCAAGUGGCUGUCCACCAACCUGGGGAUUCUGACCUGCAUUGAGUGCUCAGGCAUCCACAGGGAGAUGGGCGUGCACAUCUCUCGCAUCCAGUCCAUGGAGCUGGACAAGCUGGGCACCUCUGAACUCUUGCUGGCCAAGAACGUGGGGAACAGUAGCUUCAAUGAGAUCAUGGAGGGAAACCUCCCCAGCCCCUCACCCAAGCCCUCCCCUGCCAGUGACAUGACAGUGAGGAAGGAGUUCAUCAACGCUAAGUACAUGGACCACAAGUUUGCACGCAAGACGUGCACGUCCGCCUCGGCCAAGAUGAGCGAGCUGUGUGAGGCGGUCAAGUCCCGCGACCUGCUCUCCCUCAUCCAGGUGUACGCCGAGGGGGUGGAGCUUAUGGAGCCCCUCCCAGAGGCGGGGCCGGAGGUGGGAGAGACAGCCCUCCAUUACUCUGUGCGCACGGCCGACCAGACUUCUCUGCACCUGGUGGACUUCCUGGUGCAGAACAGUGGUAACCUGGAUAAGCAGACUGAGUGGGGGAACACCGCCCUGCAUUACUGCUGCAUGUACGAGAAGCACGAGUGUCUCAAACUGCUGCUGAGGGGCAAGCCAGCCACUGACAUCACCAAUCAGAAUGGAGAGACUGCGCUGGAUGUUGCCAGGCGACUGAGGAACAGUCAGUGCGAGGAGGCACUUGUGCAGGCCGCUGAGGGCAAGUUCUACCCUCACAUCCAUGUGGAGUACGAGUGGAGCCUGCGGCUGGAGGAGAUGGACGAGAGUGAUGACGACCUGGAUGACAAGCCCAGUCCCAUAAAGAAGGACCGCUCUCCCAGGCCCCAGAGCUUCUGCCACUCCUCCAGCCUGUCCCCUCAUGACAAGCUGUCCCUGCCGGGCUUCGCUGGCCACCGUGACAAGCAGCGCCUCUCCUACACCGCGUUGCAUCAGAUGUACAGCGCCUCCACCGACCUCACUUCCUCCCCCGUGGCCGACGCCCCUCCUCUGCCCCCCAGAAACCAAGGAAAAGCGCCACACUUGGCAUUCCUCGGCUCUCACUCGCACUACGCCACUCUGGCGGGCACUCGACCAUACAUCCCUCCUCCCUCGUCCGGCCCUCCCUCCACCCUCACCCUGGGCGGCAGCUCCACCCUGUCAAAGAAGAGGCCCCCCCCGCCUCCCCCCGGGCACAAACGCACCCUCUCUGACCCGCCCAGCCCCCUGUCACACAGCAGGGGGGGCUCCCACGGGGGAAGUGACUCCACCCCUCCACCAGGAAACAGGAUGUCUCUUGCAUCCAACAAGUUUGAGGGCAUUCCCCAGCAGCAAAGCACUACUGCAAGUAAUACAAAGUCGACUCUUGGUCCAAGGGUUCUACCCAAACUACCUCAGAAAGUGGCCCUGCGUAAAAUUGACACUAUUCACCCGUCUAUGGACAAGCCCAGCCUGCCCCCAGAGGUGUUCCAGAAGUCCCCUCCAGGAGCCGACCCCCCCCAGAAAUCCCCCCUGCCUGACAAGCCCCAGCUCAGCGACCUGCCCCCCAAGCCACAGCCCUCAGAACUGCCCCCUAAGCCACAGCCUUCAGAACUGCCCCCUAAGCCUGGAGAACUGCCCCCUAAGCCCCAACUGUCUGACCUCCCUCCCAAACCCCAGCUAGGUGACCUGCCCCCCAAGCCCCAGCUCAAAGACCUCCCCCCGAAGCCUCAGCUCUCUGAGGUGCCCCCCCCUAAGCCUGGGUCUGGAGAGGUCAGUCCCAGGGCCCCGCCAGGAGAGCCCGCCCCCAAGCCACAUCCUCCAGAAACGCCGGUACCCAAUCAGCAAGGAGAUCCGGGGAGCCCCUCCCCACAGUCCAGCGAAGACACCAAUGGGAGCCCAGUGGGUGCUGCAGAAACACCUGUGCCCUUACCCAGGAAGAUCAACACGGGUAAGACCAAAACCAGGCGGGUGAAGACCAUCUAUGACUGUCAGGCUGACAAUGAUGAUGAGCUGACGUUCCUGGAGGGCGAGGUCAUCAUCGUGACUGGGGAGGAGGACCAGGAGUGGUGGAUUGGCCACGUUGAAGGACACCCGGAGAGGAAAGGGGUGUUCCCCAUGUCCUUUGUCCAUAUCCUGAGUGACUGACAGCCUGACUGACUGCCAGACAGGCCUGCACUAAAGACCCCUCCCUCCUCUCCGACAGUCCCGCCCAUUCACCCCCUCUUGCUAGAAUCCCUGUAAAUAGCUACUGUAACAAACCCUGACGUGAAACAAGCGUUCUAAAGAAAACACACAGAAGAAGAAAACAAACUCCCCCAUGUAGGCUCUUGUAGCCACGGGUGGCUGAGCACAUCCUUGUUGUUAAUAGAAUGUUUUUACUCUCCCUCUUGCAGUAUUAUCUUAAUCCUAUAGCCUGGCUGCAGUCUAGCCUCUCUACACACCUAGCACUUACCGUAAAGUCUCCCAUUAACGCUGUUACUGUGUAUAUAUGUAUGUAUAUAUAUUUGUGCGUGUGCGUGUGUGUGAGUGCAUACAUGUUUUAUUGUACAAAACAUGUAAAACUACGUUACAUGUUCCAUGUUCUUUGCCUGCCGUAUAACCAAGUGUUUUGGGCAGUGGUGUUUUUGGACUUAACCUGUAUUGAUUUGAUUGGUCAUCCAUGAAACUCCAUUACCAUCUGCUUACAGUGCAUUUCUGGAAAAAAACAAUAUGAGAUGGAAUAUGAAAUGGGUCAGGUAACUAGUCCUCCACCUUGUCCAGGAUCUGAGCUCAACCCCCUAGAUGUUUGACAGAGGAGGCACGCUCCCAUCCUAGGUCACACCCUCUCAUGACUCCAACCGAAUCAUCAAUAAACCCUCAUCUAAGGAUGAACUAUAUUCAUUAAAUGUAUUUCUUGUUCUUGCUAAUUGUACAUGUAUUAAGGGUUUUUAUUUGACUAUCCACACCUGCAGCUUCUGUGCAAUGGAAUAUCAGACCGUGUGUGACAUCACAGGUCACUAGUAGUUAGUCCUCCUGCUUCAGUCUCUCAGUGCUGUGUAGGACCACAGUUAACCCUGCACUGUUGUGAGUAGUUAUUGAGUAGUACUGCAUGGUGUAAUAAUGACUGGAAGGGAGAAGAACAUGGCUUAUAGGUGGGUUCAGGACACCACUGGGCUGAGACCAGACUAGGUCAGGCUAGGUCUUAGAUUGUCAACCCCAUCUUCAUUUUGACCCUUUGGUAACUGUUUCAAAAUGGAGGUUUUUUUUUUUAAAGCAGCAGCUACCAAAAUCAGUUAUUUAACUGCCUGAGAAUCUCAGCACGGUUGUACUUGAACCCAGCUUUAGGCCUCAUCUCAGGGUUUCAAGAACCACUGUUUAGAGCAGGCAGGUUGUCCUGCACAGAUAGCCACUACUUUCCGUAAAGGAUGCUCAAGGUUGAUCUCAGCAAUAGUGUUUCCCAGAAGGCCUGUUGAGGUUUUCCAAUGUACAACCACCACUCCAGCCCCUGGUUCCAGUCAUACAGGUUUAUGCCACUCAUUUUAUGAAUUAACUUGAAACGUAAGAAAGUACACAUUGAUGCCGUGGGAACUGGAGUUCACUGUAACAAGCCAGUUGAUGGAUGCAUUUAAUCCUAAAUGUAAUACGAAGACUUGAAGACUCAAGUCUUAACAUCCUAUGUACACCCAGUCCCAAGACUAGUAACUGGAUUCAUGUAGUAGUCUCCACUUCAACUGCAUUUUCCAGGUAAAUGGGACCCAUGUCCAUUCCAUUGUAUUAAUAAAAGUGUUUUGUUGUAA